CGUUUUUGAUGUCAUUUCUGUUAAAAACUUAUUCACCACACAAUUUUGCUUCUCUUGUGAACUCACCACAUUUUUGUUUAUUUUGCUUUUUCUUUGUUUUUAAAUAUUUAAAAAUAUUUUGUGUUGCUACAGUAUUCAGGAAUUGCGUUCUGAAAUUUAAAAGUAAUCAAAAAUGGAAAUCGAGCCUAUAAAUAGUGAGGAAUGGGAACUUGUUGGUAGACAAACUUUAAUGAAAUAUUUCAAUAGAGGUGGAUUGUCCAAUGGUGAUACGUCACAGCUUUUGGAAGGAGCUAAUUUCAUUAACACCAUUGGUUAUUCUCUUUCUCUCGUUCCUAAUGUUGAUUUGAAAAAUUGGACUGCUGAUCAUUUUCGUCUUGCUCGAGAUGGUUGUUUAUAUUUUUAUGAAGGAAAGAAUCUUGAACCAAUCGAACAUAUCGUGGCUAAGCUACAACAGGAAGCUAGCGGUAGUCGCGAAGUUUUUGUUACAAUCCUUCCUGUGUCUUUUUUCUAUUCUGAUUCUUUAUUCACUCUGCCACUUUUUCGAUUUAAACCAUCUCACGAUGAAAAGGAAGAGAAAUUUAUUGAUCAUACUGGUCGAGUUUAUCAAAACAUUGAAGACUGGAAAAUGAAUAACACUCUUCCUGCUACAAAAAUCCUCUAUCCUAGAGAUGGCCAUUUAAAAUUGAAACCAAAUGAAAAAAAUAAACUUGACGUUGCUUUUGAAGAUUCAGCAGAAUGCAAUAGACCAGUAAAGACCUUAAUGGCUUGUGAUAUUGCAAGCGGUGCUUUAGGAUUAGCAGCUGGAAUUGGAGUGACACUUGCUACGGGUGGAACUGCUUUAUUAAUGAUGGGUGGAAUGGCUUUAAGUGCUAGUUAUGGAGUUGGAAGAGCUGGUUUCAGACUUCGUGAUCGUGCAAGUCACAGUGAAUCAAUUAAUCCUUUUAAAAAUCGUGAAGCAUUCUGGGUAUGGCUUGGGUUGGGAUCAGAAAUCAGCACUUUUGGUACAAUUGGGCUAGCCAGCACAAAAAUUUUGAGUUCAAUUACACAAAGUGCAGCGAUUGUUGAGAUAACAAAGAGGUUCGCGACAGCUAGCCGUGUUAUGAGUGUUUUUAGUGGAGCAGCACGACCUGUCACAGACAGUGCAAAAGCUCUUCUUACAGGAUACGAAAUUUUUACUAAAUUUCGACAUAAGUCAACAAACGCCGUUUUAAAGCUUCCUAAAUCUGCGCUAAUGCAAUUGAGUGAAUCAAUUGAUGAAUUUAAUGAAACUAAUAUGUUGAUGAUGUCAAUCACUGAGGGAUUUUGGUCAAAGUCAAAGAUAAUGUAUGUGUCGCCAGAAGAAUUUCAAACCAUGGUUCAAGCUACUAUCAUAAACCAUAUGGGAGAUAAUUGCAAAAAUCGUAAGCUCUUCGAUGAACUUGUUGCAAUGCUUCAGAAUGAUGAAGCUUUGAUUAAAACAUAUAAGAAUUUAAAUGAAAACAUUGAUCUCAAUGAAAUGAUUCAAGUGAUUUAUGAUGUUUUCAAAGCAAACGAUGAUAAAUUGAAUAUCAAACUUCUUGGAGAUACUUGUCAUAUAUCAUUGGAUAAUUUUUUAUUACAUAUUAAAUCAUUGGUUAACAUGACACAAGAAAAAAUAUUUAAAAUCAUUGAAUUCCUCAAAAAAUUUGACCAUGAUCAAAAAGCUCGUUUUUUGACAAUUCAAGAUUAUAUUGGAUCGAACGAUGACUUCCUAAGUAUGCUUGCACAUGACAAUGCUAAUGAAUUAAUAGAAAUUUGGUAUGAUGUUUUUGUAAUUUGUUUUGAUGAACAUCUUACAACAAUUCCUAAAGAUAAUGUAAUUUCAUUAAAAAAUCUGGAGAUAUCUAUUGACAUCUUGAAAUGCUUUAACAAGGAAGAGAGAUUAAAUCUUAUUUUCACAAUUAAAAACAUGAGUGAAGCACAAAACCAAAACUUCAAAGUUCUUGUUGAAACAGACGAAAACAAUGCCUUAAAAUAUUACAAACUAUUGUUAGAAGAUAAUGAUUUUCUCAGAAAGUAA